UGUCAGAAAAGUUGCUGUCAAAAUUUGAUAACCAUCAACCAAAAUACUAUUUUCGGAUUCUUUCGGAAAAUUCGAAAAAUCCAACCAGUAAAAUGCCUGAAUCCAGCUUGACCGUUUUUGAAAAAGAUUAUUUCAAUGCUGAACGGUACGUCAAAGAACUCGUACAGGAUUGCGUAGGUGGCCCGGAACUACAACAGACCAAGGCGAAAAUCCAAAGCCACAGCGACACGGUUUCGUCCACGUUGAAAAAACAUGUUUACGAGAACUAUAUGCAGUUCAUUGAGACAGCCAAGGAGAUUUCCCAUUUGGAAUCGGAAAUGUACCAAUUGUCGCACAUUCUGAUCGAACAACGUAAUCUACUGUCCACUCUGAGAGACGAGUCUAUGCUGGAUGAUCGGAAGUGCAUAAUCGAGGAGCAGAGCAUCGAUCCGAAUGUGAACGAAGAGCAGCAGAACAAAAAGGCAAUUCAACUUAUUAAAGAAUCGCUGGUUGGCUAUAAGGGGAAUCUAGACGACAAAGUGUUUAUUUACGAAGGAGGUCUCAUCGAGUUGGACACGAACGAUUACCGACCGAUCUGCCGAAUUCAUCUAUUUCUGUUCAACGAUGUUUUAGUGUUAGCCAAAAUCAAGCACGAUAAAAAGCUUGAGUUUCUCACGGAAUAUGACACUAAAAAGAUUGCGGUGAUCAACAUCAAGGCUCUGGAUGGGGUCAAUAAAAAUGCAAUUAACGUUAUCACUAGCGACGGGGCACGAAUUUUUCAGUGUGUAAACUCCGCCUCUAAGCUGGAGUGGAUCGAUAAGUUUGAGGUUGCCAUCAAGUUCCAUCAGCUUAAGCACAAGAAAGGUCCUGCGCCGCAACCUCCAACGUCGUUAAAAUUCGAUCAAAAACAGCAAAAAUCGAUUGACAGUGAGAUCUGUCUUAGUCCGACCGCAUCCGAAGUAGCUGCAGUCGCUGAAAAUUUAGCCCCGGACUGGUUGGCUUCCGCUCCCGAGGAGAUUCAGGCAGAAAUUGCACAACGUCACUUCGAGGAUAGUCUGGCACUGGUUCAACGGUGUGAGGGGUAUCUGGCUAAAGAUAACACUUUCCGCGGUGCAGCGGAGACGGCAGUAAAAAUCAAAACGUUGAAGUGUACUCUUUCUUCGGUGCUGAUGCAGGAGUUGUCCAGUUCGCAGAGUAGGAGCUUGCAGGCCGCUCUAAGAUCAAGUCGAAGACCUUUAAAACUGCUGGUUGAAAUGGGAAAAGCACGUGAAGCGUGCGGAAUUUUGCUGCGAGUGUGCACUAGCGCAAUUCGGACAUCUCAGCGCCAAGCUAGGAGAAAUAAUCUGGCUAUUUCGGAGAUGUUCUUUUGUGAUGUGGCGCAGGUUGCGAGUGAAUUCCUGCGGGCCUUCAGCAGCAAAGCGUCCUGCACCAGUGCGUUGAUUGUGUGGUGCAACAUGGAACUGCAGUACUUUGCUUCUCAGUUGAUAAAACAUUACCUGACAAAAGACACCCAACUGGAAAUGGUAGCCAAAGUGGUGGAAGGUGUACGGAAACCUUGUUCGAAGUUGACCGAUAUUGGGUUGGAUCUGUCCUAUCACAUGGAAGGUCUGCUGAGGAACACACUGGAACAACUGCUCGAAGAAGCCAAAUACCGGCUGGUGGACUCAAUCGGUCGAACCGAGGACGUUUGGCAGCCAUACAAUCUUCAGACGAAGACCAAUUUGAGAUCCGUCACGAAAGAGUUUGAUACUCUUGGACUGGACUUGAAGCCCCUGGUGACCGGCGAUACGUGGUUGAAUCUGACCCAAACGACGGUUAAUUUCUGUCGGCAUUUUCUCACUACGACCGAAAGCUGUGCUUAUCUGGCGAAGUACGAGUCUCUUAAGUUGGACGCGGAAAUUCUGCUGAAGGAUCUGUUCCUUGCGCAACAUGGAAUUAAACCACAGGGAGUUAUGGGCAUUGAUCUCAACUUCGUCUCCAAGAACAAAGUCUACAUGAGUGAGGUACUCCUCCCAAUUGCGAUCGCUCAAUUUAAAAAAAUCUCCGGCAAAACUCCGGAUAUUCUGGUAGAACUACAGUUGCAACUGCGAGGACCGCCGAAACCAAAACCGCGCAGUGUUUACAAAACGGAUGUUCUCUAAAAUUACCACAAGCAUUUAUAAUACAGAUAAAAAUACGUUAUAUUUAUUCCAUUUUACAGUUUAACCGGUAAACACGAAAAGCACACUAAUCA